AUGAAAUUCCGGCGGGGCGAUUUUUGGUUGGGUUAUCCUUCCGCGGUCCGAGUCUUCUCACACAACAGCCGAAUCCUACUGGCGGCCCCUCAGAACGCGCUGGGGAUCACAUUUUUUCAUCUACAAGUAGGACGAGGCGGUGGGAAGAGAACGACACUCUGCAGGGCUUGGUCCUUCGAGGGAUGCCUUCCAUUUGUUGAACUCGAGCAGAGGGACCUGACAGAUCUGUUCCCUCUAUUUUGGGUAGUGACCCAGGGUGGACCGUACGGAUAAUGUGUACUUUUCCAGGAACUGGGGGGAGGGGUGGUUUGUCGAAGUGAGGAUGGUCAUGGGUGAUGCGAGUGGGCGAAUGGAUAGUG